AUGGGGAUGAAGACGCAGCAUAAUGGCCCACACUGCAGUGAUAACACCCACCAUUGCCAAUCAGAUAUGAAUAUAGUAGGUGCUUGGAAAAGAGGUUACACUGGAAAGAAUGUUGUGGUCACUAUCCUGGAUGACGGCAUCGAAAGAAACCAUCCAGACUUGAUGCAGAAUUAUGAUUCGCAGGCCAGUUUUGAUGUCAAUGGAAAUGAUUUUGACCCUAUGCCUCGGUAUGAUGCCAGCAACGAGAACAAGCAUGGAACCCGUUGUGCUGGAGAAGUGGCAGCCACGGCAAACAACUCACACUGCACAGUAGGAAUCGCCUUUAAUGCCAAGAUUGGAGGUGUACGGAUGCUGGAUGGAGAUGUGACAGACAUGGUAGAAGCAAAGUCUCUAAGCCUGAAUCCCCAGCACAUCCACAUCUACAGUGCCAGCUGGGGGCCUGAUGACGAUGGUAAGACUGUGGACGGACCAGCUUCUCUAGCACGUCAGGCCUUUGAGAACGGCAUCAGAAUGGGACGAAGAGGCUUAGGUUCAGUCUUUGUUUGGGCAUCCGGAAACGGUGGAAGAAGUCGAGACCACUGCUCCUGUGAUGGCUACACCAAUAGCAUCUACACUAUCUCCAUAAGCAGCACAGCUGAAAGUGGGAAGAAGCCAUGGUAUCUAGAAGAAUGUGCAUCCACACUAGCUACAACGUACAGCAGCGGGGAAUCCUACGACAGGAAAAUAAUCACCACAGACCUGAGGCAGCGUUGCACAGACAGCCAUACUGGAACCUCAGCCUCUGCACCUAUGGCUGCAGGCAUCAUUGCACUGGCACUGGAAGCAAA